AUGUCCGUGAAAAUAUUUAUUUACACAAUUGUAAUAACAGGUACUUACAAAAUAAAACCCUGCAAAUAUGUGAAAAGCAUAAAUCCAUUUCCAAGUAAAUAUGGUGGAAAAACAAAUGUAACGAUAUUAACGGGUUCAGGUAUCGGACCUGAAAUUAUGGAUCACACUUUGAGAGUAUUAAAAGCUGCCGGUGCACCAUUAUCAUAUGAAAUUUUUGCACUUUCUUCAAAAGAUGGUUCAAAAAAUAAUGAUUUUGACGAAGCUUUAACUUCGAUAAGAAGAAACAGAGUCGCAUUAAAAGGAAACAUAGAACUUCAAAGUAAAAAUCCACAUAUAAAAUCAAGAAACAUUAUAUUUAGAAAAACUUUAGAUUUAUUCGUAUACAUAUUAUUUUGUAAAACAUUUCCCGGUUUGUCAAAUAAAUUUGGAGAAAUCGAUAUAACCGUAAUAAGGCAAAAUACAGAAGGAGAAUAUUUAAUGUUGGAACACGAACCGAGAACCGGAAGUGUUGAAAGUCUUAAAGUAUUAACGAGAUUCAAUUUAGAACGUUUGAUUGAAUUUGCUUUUGAUUAUGCUCUCACAAACGACAGAAAACUAAUAACUGUCGUCCAUAAUGCCAACAUACAAAAACUCACCGAGGGUCUCUUUCUCAACGCUGCCAAUAAGAUAUCAAAAAGUUAUCCGAUGAUUAAAAUGAAUGUAUUAGACGUUAACGUCGCCAUAUUUAAAAUAGCAUCAAAUCCUCGGAUAUUCGAUGUUAUAUUAGCAACUAAUUUAAACGGAAGCAUGAUUUCAAAUUAUUUAAAUGGUAUGUUAGGUGGACCAGGUUUGACAUCAGGUAUUAAUUUCAGCGCUGACGGAAUUGCCGUUUUCGAACCUGGUGCAAGAAACAAAGGUUCGAGCAUAGUCGGACUUAACAGAGCCAAUCCUAUAGCAAUGAUUAUGUCCGGAAUAAAUCUUUUGCAUCAUCUCGGAUACAACAAAACAGCAGAAAUGAUUCACAAUUCUGUAUAUGCCACAUUAGUCUAUGAUAAAAUCCGUACGCCAGAUAUAGGAGGACAAGCGACAGCAGAAGAAACCGUCGAUCAUAUAAUUAGACACAUAAGAGAAUAUCAAAAACCGAAAAGAGACAGGAAAAAAGGUUCGCUUUCGACUCACAGAUGGAAAAACUAUUGCACAGUGCCUAAAGACAAAUCUUUCCCUCAGGAAAAUUCUAAAUAA